CCGACUGCCGCUCAGCCUGCGUCCAAUGAGAGCGGAGGGGUCCGGGCUCGCAUCGAGAGUUGGGUUGCUCAAUCUGAGUGAGGACAACAAGCUGAUUUUUUUUUCUUCCUCUCUGAUGUGCCGGAUGGAUGCGUUCCGCUCCGGCGAUGAAUAUUCCAGUGGCUGCUGCUGACGACAGUGGAUAUGGAUGAUACAGAGCAUUGCUGUUUUCUUCAAACUCGGUGAGGUUUUGCGUGAAAUCUGACCCAUCCAACUAUUUGAAGAAAUGUCUUGCUGCUCGGCGAGAGGACGUGCGUCCUACCACUGAGGGGCCCCCCAUGCUCAUGCGGAGAGAUGGAUCGCUGUAAGCACGUGGUGCGCCUUCGCCUGGGCCACGACCACUCCAUCCUCAAUCCGCAGAAAUGGCACUGCGUGGACUGCAGCACCACCGAUUCGGUGUGGGCUUGCCUCAAGUGCUCCCACGUGGCCUGCGGACGCUUCAUGGAGGAGCACUCGCUCAAACACUUUCAGGAGUCCCACCACCCGCUGGCCAUGGAGGUGCGGGAGCUGGACGUCUUCUGCUUUGCUUGCGGAGACUAUGUACUCAAUGACAACGCGGAAGGAGACCUCAAGCUCCUCCGAGGGGCCCUCUCCACCGUUCGCAACCCCGAUACGCGCUCGCUGCGCUCCUCGGUUUGGCGGACGUACACCCACAGGGGCGGGGAGAGCGGGCCGCAGCCUCCCAUGCAGCUGGCGUUGCGUCACAGGAGAAAAACCCUCUUGGUCAAGAUGCUUCAGAGGUGGACGAGCAGACAUAAAGAGUUGCAGGCGGAGCGCCAAGAGAAGCUGGAGGAGGCGAGAAGACAAAAGAAAGAGGUGAAAAGGAGACUGUUGGAAGAGCUGGGCAGCGUCCCGCCCAGAAAGAGCGCUCGGCUUCUCACUCAAGCGCCACGUUCAACCAUCACCCUCAUUCCCUGUAAGUUCCGAGACCCCCCGGAACGCCUACCUCCUCCUCCUCCUCCUGCUCCGCCCAAGAGGCCUUCCCUCCUUGCCUUGUCACGAAAGCCCCCCACGAACGGCAGAGCUGCAAAACUGAGGCGGUACUACUCGGCCCAUUCGGCGAGCCGCCGACGCCUCGCUCCGGGGGUCACCGGUCUGCGUAACCUGGGGAACACGUGCUACAUGAACUCCAUCUUGCAAGUGCUGAGUCACCUGCAAAAAUUCAGGGAGUGUUUUCUCACCUUGGACCUGUGCGAGACCGAGGAGCUGCUGGCCAAGACCAACCACGCGCAGGGGGUGAAGGCGGUAGCCGGUAGUGUGGUCAGCAGCGGUAACAUGCCUCUGACCUCAUGUCCCCUGGGGCGCGUGGGAAAUGUGACGGUGGGCAAAAAGGAAAGCCCCCCACCCACCCCGCAGACUGCCGAGUUGGUCCAGCCCAAGGAGACUCGUUGCUCCACCCGCCAGCAGAUGUCCCUGUGCCACGAAUUGCAUACUCUUUUCAGGGUCAUGUGGUCGGGCCGCUGGUCUUUGGUGUCUCCCUUCGCCAUGCUGCACUCCGUGUGGAACCUCAUCCCGGCUUUCCGCGGCUAUGACCAGCAGGACGCGCAGGAGUUCCUGUGCGAGCUGCUGGACAAGGUGCAGCAGGAGCUGGACACGGAAGCCUCCAAACGGCGGAUCGUCAUCCCCAUCACCAAGAGGAAGCUUUCCAAGCAAGUGCUCAAGGUGCUGAACACCAUCUUUCAUGGGCAGCUACUCAGCCAGGUGACGUGUCUGUCCUGCAAGCACAAGUCAAACACAGUUGAGCCAUUCUGGGACUUGUCUCUGGAGUUUCCCGAGCGCUACCACAGCGUCAACAAAGGCUCCACAGCCUACCAGCGCAGCUGCACCCUCACCGAAAUGCUGUCCAAGUUCACCGAGAUGGAAGCGCUGGAAGGCAGCAUUUAUGCCUGCAACCACUGCAACAAGAGAAGAAGGAAAACAUCCCACAAGCCUUUAGUUCUUUCAGAAGCCCAUAAGCAGCUUCUGAUCUACCGUUUACCUCAGGUUCUACGGCUGCACCUCAAGCGGGGCAGGUGGUCGGGGAGGAACCAUCGAGAGAAAAUCGGCGUCCACGUGGCCUUCGACCAGGUUCUGAACAUCAAACCCUAUUGCUGCACGGGCUCAGGUCACUCUGUUCACAGAGGGGGCUACACCUACGACCUGUCGGCCGUGGUGAUGCACCACGGCAAAGGCUUUGGCUCAGGGCACUACACCGCAUACUGCUACAACACAGAAGGAGGUUUCUGGGUCCACUGCAAUGACUCUGAGAUGAAGGUUUGCAGCGUGGAGGAAGUGUGCAACACUCAGGCCUACAUUCUCUUCUACACCCAGAGGUCCGCUUAGGGACUUCUCGCUGUGAGCCUGAGCUGCGUUUAUGAAAUUGUUUCGCACCCAGAUGUCACCAAACACACUCUUGAAAAUGGCAAUAGGCACUAAUGUUUCGAUGAUGUUCCCGGCGGGCCGCGGCGAUGACAUUUCAGACCACCAUAGAUGUGGGACAAAGCAAACGUGACAGACCAAAAAGAAUUUGCCACAACAGUUGCUGUGUUGGUUAGCCUUUGCGGGAGCACGUAAUUGCUUCAAAGGCAGCAAAACUUUGGUACGGAGAAGAACGGGAGGGGGAUGAAUUCCCAUGGCCCCAAAUCCUAAAUGAGUUUGCCAUGGCCACCGAGAACAAAAUGUAAGCAGAGCAUGAACUGACAAAUGUCCUAAGUGGAUUUGCACAGACCUCCGCC